AUGAAUAUAAAACAGCAUCAUCAUCAUUCGGUGAUAUCUAAUAAUAAUAAUAAUAGUUCAACAACAACGACCACUACAACCACCGCUACCACUAAAGAAUGGCCCGCUGUUCUUUCUUCAAACAACAGCAACAAUACACAUGCAAGUUCAUCGUCGGGUGGUUCUGCUUCAGUAGCAAACUCAACCACCAAUAGCAGUAGUAGUAAUACAACUAGAUAUCCUGUUGUUUGUAAAUACUAUAAAUCUGGCACCUGCAAACUAGGUGACUCUUGUAGAUUCUCGCAUACUCCCACUACAUCCUCGCCAAACAACCUUCCACAAUCGCCAUCUCUCUUACCCAAUCCAAUACUGCAUCCACCACAAUUUUCACUUCAACAACAACAACAACAAAGUAAUUCACUUCCUUUACAUCCACCAAUACCAAGUUCUUCUUCUUCUUCUUCUUCCUCUUUUAACAAUAACAACAAUAACAACAGCAAUAACAAUGUAAAAAGUAAUUUAAUAAACAAUAAUAAUGAUAGCAGCAGUAAUAGUAUAGGUGGAGACAAUAGUAAGCAUAGUAAAAAGAUCGAUCUGAAUAACAGUAAUAGCAAUAGUAAUAGUAAUACAGUACCAGCACCACUUCCAUUUCCACAACCUACUUCAUUACCCAACCCUUUGAUAUCGUCUUCGUCGUCGUCUUUACAGAGUCCAGGAUUAAUCGCUUUAUCUCAACAACAGUUGCAACAAUCUCUAACAUCACUUCCUCUCAACAGUUUGACACUCGACGACUCGGAAGAGUUCAUCUCGUAUCACUGCAGAUCUAAUCCCUCACGCAUGGCUGGUCGUCGUCCAUUUCUACAGUUGGUCGUCCUCUAUGCAUCCGACGCACGUGUAUUACGUUUUGCAAAAGAAGUUCAAAACCAAUUUUUAGAAGGUGGAAUCGAUGUUUUUCUUAAAACCGAAGAAAACUCUCAAAGUAUAAAAACAGAGAAUCUUGCAGAGAUUAUAACCAAUUCAAAAGCCGAUUGCCUUGUAGUUUUAGGUGACAGAAAUCUUAAGAAUAAGAGCUGUCAAGCUAAGCGUAGAGGUAAAUUAGUUGAGAUGGAGAUUGAAGAAGUUAUCACAUCGAUUUGGAGUGAAUGGAAUCAAUUGUUACCAAAGGAGGAAGAGGAUUUGACAUACGAACAAGUUUUUAAUCUUUUAGAGAAACAUUGUAAACUUCGUCAUGUAAAAGAUAGAUUAACUAAAUUAAGAAAUAAUAUUUCAGAAUUUAAAGAUAUUAAAUUACCACAAAGGAAUGCUAGAAACUCGGAUACUGCUAAUCAUUCGUUUUUAGAUGAAAAGAUUGCCUCAAAGUUGACAACAGCUCAGAAAUCAGUUAUACGUUUUCAUCAACAGGUUGUAGAGGCUAUUCAGUAUAUUGAGGAGAUGCCAUUCGUUACACAGUCCGACAAACUAUCGUCGUCGCGUGGAUCUUCGGUUGGUCCUGAUGUUUUAGCUCAGAACGAACAGAAACCGGUGAUCAGCGAGUCAAACAGAGAGAAACUGCUAUUCCAGUUGAACAAGAUUCUCCCAAAGAUCGAAGGAAUGGCCGACACUCUCUCAGAGUACGGUGCACCGCUUUCCGAUGCCUACUUUGACGAGUACAACUCGAAUGUCACCGCAAAGGCCAACGAGAGCAACAACAGCGCCAAUGGUGGUAGUGGUGGUGCCGGUGGCGAUCCAGACGAGUUUGUCGAUUUGAAACCCGGUCAGUGGAGAUGUAAUCUAUGUACUUUUAUCAACGAUAACGUACCAAAUUGUUCAAUGUGUGAGACUCCUUACACCGCACCCAACGGCAACAACGACAACGAGUGGUCGGUUCCAGGCAAAAAGUCAAAGAAACUUAGCAUUCAAACCAGCUAUCAAAAAGAUUCUAGCUCCGAGGAUUUGCCAGCUUCUCAAGUGUUACCAUCGACUCCCUCAAAGAAAGAACCAACAACUACCAACGCAUCAGAAAAGAAGAAGAAUGAAAAUAAGUUAUCAAUACAAUCAGAUAACCAACAACAGGUUAUUCAACAGCAACAACAACAAACUAAUCAACAACAACAACAACAACAACAAAAGAUUUCUUUAAAUAACUCAGCUCAAUCGAUUUCAAUUUCAAAUGUUAUUCCACCAUCAACAACACCUUCACCUCCUUUACAACAACAACAACAACAACAACCACAACUACAACAACAAUCUAUUUCUUCAUCUAGCUCUGCCGUUCAUUUCUCUAGCGCUCAUCUCAAUUUACCAACAGCAGUAGUCAAUGGUACAACGGCACCCUCCUCGUCAUCGCCUCCUCCAUACACUCAGAUUUCACAAAAUAUUAAUAAUAUUAAUAAUCCAUUUGCUCAGUUGCUUUCCAAUAGUCUUACCAAUCAACCUGUUAACAUUUUGCAGCUACCAACACAACCACUCCAAUCAAUACCAAUUCAACAGAUUCCACAACCAACACAACCAAUCCAACCAGAGCAUUAUGAAGAAGAGUAUCCAUCAUUAAACCAAGUUUCCAAAUCGAAAUCAAAACUAAAGCAGCCAUCGAAUACACCAAACACCAAUAGCGCCAAUACUAGUUCACAGUUGAAUGUUUCACCGCCUUCUACCACCCCAUCCUCACCAAUUUUGACGACUUCUCCAACUAAAUCUAAAAUUUCACAACCAACAACAACAACACCAACACCAACACCAAUCCCAGUAACACCAAUAACACUCCAACAACAAACCAUUUCAAAGCUAGCAGGUCUAUCAAAUAUAACACCAAUUCAAAAUAAUAAUAAUAAUAACAAUCCAAUUAGUCAACUUAACAAUAAUAGUCAACAAAUUAAUUCGAUUCAACAACAACAACAACAACAGCAACAACAACAAGAACAAAAUAAUAUUUCACAACAAUAUCAAUAUUAUAAUAUGUUUUCGCAACCAGGUUUUGUAAAUACUUCUAGCUAUUUAGAUCAAUCAACACCAGUUACCAGUAACCUACUUAACAGCAAUACAUUUUCACAAGAUCCUAUAUUUGGUUGGUCCUCUGCUUUCUCUGCCAAUGGCAAUAGCUAUCUAUCGCCAGCGGUAUCACAAGAGAAUACAAAUACCAAUAAUAAUAUUAGCAGCAUAUCUUCAUUGUUUACACCAGAUAACACACUUUUCCGUCAAUCAUCGCCAACCAAUGAUUAUUAUCAAGGACUAUACUCUCCAUACAAUAACAAUAAUAACACUUCUCAGUUUACAUCAUCAUUCAAACCAUUCCAAACCUCUAUGCAACCAACCUCAUACUAUCCACAACAACAACAACAACAAAAGAAUCAACCAUCGUCAUCAUUAAACUUCCAAAACCCACAACUCACAACACCUCAACAAUUACAUCUGCUACAACAACAACAAAUCCAACAGCAACAACUUCAACAACAACAAACCGCAGAACAAUUCGAAAAAGACAAACAAAAAGCAAGAGAAUCAGUCAUUGAAAAAUACAAAUUUUCACAUCCACCUCAAAGACCUUGUUGUUAUUGUGGUGAGGAAUCAAUUUUAGAAUGUUAUAAUUGUGCUAAAACAGGAUAUGCUACCUAUUUUUGUACUAAAGAGCAUCAAUCAUUAAUGUGGAAGGAACACUCACGAUAUCAUAAUAAUAUUAUGUUAAAGUAUAAUACCAAUAAAUAA